AUGCUCCCCUUGAGUGGUCGAGCUAACUCAAGUGAAAAAGAUACAAGAGCACUUCAAGUAGACUUGGUGAAGUCCAAGGCCCCAAUAUAUGGCCUAGAGGAUGAGAAUAAGUCUCUUCUUGAUCGGCAUGGUUUAGGCUACACAAAUGAAUCCACCAAUAUUUCUUCCAAGAUCAUGUUUGUGUAUGGUAUCACCAACCCAUCACCCCCACAAGUAGGCACUAGCUCUAAAGUUGAUAAUAGUGGUAAGGGUAGGCAUACAAAUAGGAAAGUUCUUAAAGAAGCUAAAACCAAUUAUGAUUUGUACUAUACUCGUGGAGAAAUG